UGUAUCAAAAAAACUAGGACGCAACUGUACACCAUGCAGUGUAGUACAAGCGGCAGAAGUGUCAAAAGCAGCGAAGACGGAGUUUUGAAUUUCUAUAAUGUAUGUCAACAGACUAGUCACUUUCACUGUCCUAUAUGGAGCAGUAAUACUUGAUAUCACCUGGGCAUUGACAAAAAAGGACUUGUAUGAGAUACUUGGUAUCAAACAAAAUGCAUCUGAACAAGAGAUUAGGAAAGCAUUUCGAAGGUUGGCAGCCAAAUAUCACCCUGAUAAAAAUAAGAAGGAAAAUGCUGAAGAAGUAUUUACUGAGAUAGUUCAAGCAUAUGAAAUAUUGUCUGACCGUGACAAAAAGAAACAGUAUGACAAGUUUGGGAUGGCUGCUUUUGAAAAUGGUGGAGAUGAUUAUGGAUCCGAGUCAUUUGACUUCUCGGACUUUUUCACUCACUUUGAUGCUUUCAAUUUUCAUAAUGGACAUGAAAACCACAAUCAUGAAAGAAAUGGCUACAGAUUUCAGUUUGGUAGUGGCAAGUCUUUCAACUUUGAUGACAUAUUUACUGACAUGCAUGCAGAAGAGGAAUCAUUUAAUAGUAAUUUUGGAAUGUUUGAGGAAAUGAAUCCCUUUGAUAGUAGGGAUUCAUUAUUUGGAGGCAAUCAAAUCCCAGUUUUCCAAAUGCACCCCAACAACAGAAAUACAGGUGGAGCAAAGUGUCCAACCAUCACUCAGAAAAUUGGUAACAUGAUCACCAGCUACACUUGGUGCUCUUGAUAGACACAAUGGAUUAGUCAAAAUUAACAGCAAGGUGUAAAUAUGUAAACUUGUAUAAUAGGCAUAGUAGCUUUUAAAUAUUGCCUUCUUAAUUUAAUGGAUUUCAGACAUAGUGAAAAACUUUAUGGUUCUUGUACUCUGCAACCACGUUGACAUUCCUCAUUAGUUUACUUUAAAAUUAAUUUCACGUAACUCGAGUCUGUUCUGGAUCCAUAGUUUUUUAAUUAUUAUUUUUUAUGUGAAGUAUAGUAAGCCUACCACAACUUCAUCAGCUAGCUGGUGUUGCUAUUAUUAUGGAAUUGAAACUACACAGUUGGACUGCAAGAAGUAUUGUGUAUAAAUAGUUACUGAAGAAAUAUAAUUAGUUGUAGUCCAGUGAAAAAUUUGUUAAAACAUAAUGUCAUGCAGUUUUCAUGUACUUCAUUGUUAACAACACUUAUAGCACAUACUUGCUAAUGUUUGAAUUUAGAACAAAAAUUCUUGAAUCAUUCAUACUAGUAAGAUUGUGUAAACAUAAGUGUGCAUAUCUUUCGGUAAUUACAUAAUGAAUAAUAAUAUCGGAGCAUAUAAACACUUAUUAUUAUAUACAUCCUUCAUUUGUAAUACAUUAAUUUGUUGUUUGUUAACUGGAGAACCUUGCAUUUGUAUUGCACAAAAGAAGGAUUUGAUUAUUGUUCAAAGUAUUUUUAAUAACUGUCAGCUGUUCACUAAAAGGUUUGACUGUUCUUGUUAUAUCUCUCUCUCUCUCACUCACACACACACACUGGCGUAAAAUAAAUUUAUUCUCUUGGCUUUGUAAUAAGUAGCCAAGUAAUAUAAGCUUAACCACUGCUAUGCUUGUCACAUCUAGCCUAAUCAAGCCCUGGUAUUGGGUGAAAGACCUUGUCAACACUGGACAGAUGAGACAUAUUGCUAUAUUUCUUAUAAUAAAUAUAAAAAUUCCUUAUACAGAGAUGUGAAAGAGAAAACAAUAAUUAACAUUCACUUUUUAUAUUCUCUGAAUAUACAUUAGAUGAAAGUCUUGAAUUUGAAGACUUUAAUAUGUUGUCAAUAAACAUAUACUAAGAUACUACUGAUCUGAACUUGGCAAUGGCCAGUAGCAGAAAAUGAAUUUCUGUAACUUUAACUACGAGAGUGAAUUUUAAUGUGAUUGCACAGAUCUCAAAGUUGUCCUUUCUUUAUAAAACUGAACUUUUUAUUAAUCUUUAUGUACAGUACAGAAAUAAAAAUUAAUCAUCAACAAAGUAAAAUUGGACCAUAUAAACCUCUGCUCUCCAUGCUAAGGGUAAAAAAACAACUGAAAUUACAAUAAAACCUAUUAUAGCAUCAUAUGAAACUCCAUUGCAUACAAAACAUCUUCUGCACGUGACUUUCAUCCACUUGUGUUCAAUCAUACAUUACAUUGUUCACUGACAGAAAAAGCCAUUUAUUUUGGGACAUGUAAGCUGUCUUUCCUGCAAGACAAUGCAGUUAAUUGCCAAUUAGUGAAUCUAGUUCCCACAAAGAUGUAGAAUCAGGUAAAAUUAUAUGUAUUUAAUAGCAUGAUUUUUUUUGGUGUCCAAACUAAACCGAAAUAUAAUACUAAAGUAAGUAGGUAACAUAGAAAGUGCAUGGAAUGUUUAUAUACCACAUAACCUGUUGCUUCAAGUCUUGAAUACCUUCUAAGUUGUAGAGUUAAACAGCAAGAAGUUUUAAAGGAUUUUCACAUUGUGAUGGCUGAUCAGAAUUAUCAGUGAAGCAAUGUGUGAAUAUACUGCUUGAGCAUUUCAUUCAUUGCAAGUAUAUUACAUGUCACUUAUCCGUCAUAUUUUGUGUGGCUUUAAGUGAAUACAAACUUUUCCUUGAAGAAAUAGUAAACCCCAUAAACUAGAAUUAAUAUCAUCAUUGUGGUCUUUUUAAUUAAUCUCUGGAAAACUAUUUGUCAAACUAAAGUUUACAUCUGUAGAAAUUUAUGCUGUCAUCAUUGAUAUAUUUAACAAAAGAAUGUUUUCUUCAAGAUGUAAAUAUUCAUACCAAAUUAAAAAGUUUGUCGUUUUUUUAGUGAGGAUGUAAACCAAUUAAAUUUGUAAAUAAAACUAAGUUAUUGCUUGUGGUAUAUUCUUCUCUUAAAUGUUGUGCUUUAUAGAAUUUCUGAAAAGUAGGUUUAAAAUGUUCAUUGAUCAAGGAUAUUUGUAAUUGUAAACCUGACUUGAUGUUUUCUCCUAAUUUCAUCAUUUCAAAGUGAGUAAUAACAUGGAUAAAAAGUGAUUCCUGAGCCAAGUUAUGGCUUUAUUUUAGAUUCCUACUUCUACCAAAAAUAGCUGUUUGAACUUAUGGAUUGUGAUUUUAGUCUUUUAUAUCAGAAUGGAAACUUCUGUAACAUGUGGUUGUCAACACCUUUAUUCUUGACUAAAAAUAACUUGUUAAAACUAAUAUUCUAUUAUUAGCUUUAUUUACAUACUGUUAUCAAAUAUCUGUUAAGUGCUGAUUUUCUCAUACAUGGUUCCCAUAAGCCAGGGAAACUGGAAAAGUGUAUUUUAUAUUCCCAGACUGGGAAAUUUCAUUUUACAGACAAAAAUCUCAUAAAAGUUGGUGAAAUUCAGCAAUACUUCUAUAACUUGGAGGGCAAAAAAAUAAAUAAAAAAUAGACACCUAAAAGAUUGUAUACAGGUUAAUUGUGGAGCAUUUAGCAUAUUUAAUACAUAAACAUUGUUUUAUCUACAAUAAUCAUUGAUUUAGAUGGCAGUUGUAACAAAUUACAUAAAUAGGGUGUAAGAGCUUUGUCUCAUAUUUCUAAAACUAGGGCAUCUAUAAUCAUAUUAUAACAGUAUAAAAACCCUUAACGAACUGUUAUUUAUGGAUAGGAUAUGUCCAUUAAAUAUGUUAAUUUUGCUUUUAAAAUUUUUAGUUCAGUAAUAAAACAGCCCCCAUAUCAGGAGUCAUCAGAGGAUCAUGUAUAUUACAUUAUUGACAUACUUUAUGUCCGAACAAAAGGUUUCAUUAUUUCAGUAAAGUCUGGUGGUUCAAACUACACAGUUUUGAUUUCAUACAUGUAAUUAAAUUAAUUAUAAAAAGUAACUUCUCAGUAAUUAUAAAACAAAAUUCAUCACUAAACAUUUGCUAGUGCACAUAACAUCAUGAUGCAUAGUACAGCAUGGACAAAAGUCAUUGACAAAUAGAAUAUCAUGAGUUAAGGAAAACUAGUACAAAGUAAAUUAUGGAUGACCAAGGAACUUGGAUACAAGUUUUUUAAAAAAGUAAUUUGAAAAAAUGCUUCAAGAUAAAGGUUACUUCUUAUCCAUUACUUUUUAUUGAAAAAGUUGAACUUAUGCUAGUGAAUAUAUCAUACUUAAUACAUCAGAUAUCUCAGUAAUGUAUUAGUAAACUGACUGUCCAGUAAGAAAAAGUUGAACUUAUGCUAGUGAAUAUAUCAUACUUAAUUAAUAAUCUAUAACUUAAUACAUCAGAUAUCUCAGUAAUGUAUUAGUAAACUGACUGUCCAGUAACAAGCAGUUGAACUUAUGCUAGUGAAUAUAUCAUACUUAAUU